UGCUCCUCCAGAAACAAACAACCACCCCUAUCGAUCAUUUCCAUAUUCUUUGCCUCCAAACCCCGUGAACACUCUUUAACCUGUUCGUCCAUCGAGGCUACCAUUUGUCAUGUCUAGCAGCAGAGUUGCAGUUGAGGAUCUUGACGCUGGCAUGCAUGCUGAUGAGGAUGCUAUUAAUGUUCUGUUUGUCUGCCUUGGGAAUAUCUGUCGCUCCCCAAUGGCCGAAGGAGCCUUCCGUAGGACCGUUCAACAACUAGGCUUCAAAAACAAGUUCCGUAAAAUAGACAGCUGCGGAACGGCUUCUUAUCAUUCCGGAGAGCGCCCGGAUCCUCGCACCGUUCAACUUCUUGCUAAGCAUGGAAUUCAUACGAGCCAUCUAGCUCGUCAGCUUGCUACCUCGGAUUUCAAUGAUUUCGAUUACAUACUCCCUAUGGAUGAUGCAAACCUGCGUGAUAUAACCUCUGUCCAACCCGAUGGUUCCAAGGCAAAAGUCAUGCUCUUUGGAAACUUCGGAGAUAAUAAAAGCGAGCAAGUUCAAGACCCCUAUUAUGGCGGUCAAGCUGGUUUUGACAGAAACUAUGCCCAGAUUAUCAGAUUUACGAAGGGCUUCCUCCGUGAGGUUUUCGGGGCAGAGAUCGAUGAGUAGAUUCUUUAUUAUAGAUAUCACCUUGUCACUCCCUUGUUUUGAUGCUUUGGGGGGUGUUUUCGUGGUUUUAUACCAAAAGCUCUUUACCCUUUCCUUUUUACAUGAGAUAGAAUGAU